AUAGGUGUUUCCUUUUUUUGGCUCCUCCUUUUCUUGCCCCUCUGCAUUUUUCUCUUUUGCCUUUCUAUGAUCCAUCACUUCAACAUAGAAGCCUACAUUUUUACCAAUAUAUUUCUUCCUACUCUCUCUAUAUGCUAUCAUUCAUUUUGUGCUAUUUGCUUCAUCCAUUAACUUCACUUCACAAAUUCUAUUUUCUUUAUAUCACCUUUCUCUAAAGACUUCUCCCUAAAAUGAAACUUCAUCAUGUCAUUUCUAAUCAAAUACUCACUUUCAUUACCAUUUCUCUUUUCUUUCUAAUAAUUUCAACCUGGACUCAAAUAGGACUUGUUGCUGAAGGUAGAAAGAGUACUUCAAACCAAAAUGGUUAUCACCAGACAGUAAGUGACAACAAAGUGAUGAUGAGAGCACGGAUAGGUUCAAGGCCACCAAGAUGUGAAACAAGGUGCAGAUUCUGUAAACACUGUGAGGCUAUUCAAGUUCCUACAAAUCCACAACUGCUGAAUGGGAAAAUCAAACCUUCAACAGUGUCUACAAUUGCUUAUCCUAGGAGACAAGAUAAUUCCAACUACAAGCCUAUCAGAUGGAAAUGCAAAUGUGGGGACAUUAUUUUCAACCCUUGAUUUCCAUUUUUCCAUAAUGUAUUUCAAUUUGUCAACUUUGUAUAAGAAUAUAAUAUUGAUCAUAAUGUACUGCAGAUUUAUAUAUUGUGUAAAAGUAUGAGAAAUUGCGGACUAAUAUGAUCUAAAUUGUUACUGCAAUGUCA